AUGGGGGCCAAAAGAAAGAAAGUGAAUCUGGUCGCAGGCGGAACUCAGCGACCUUCAGGUCAGAGCGGGGUAAACUACGACCUGGAUCCCCGAGAAGUGGAUUGUGACAAGGCCUCCGGCCCGGUAGAAGAACUUGAAGAGGUCCUGACCAGCGAGGUAGAUGCUGGAAGGCGUCUGAAGCUCGGAAAGAAUCUAGCCCCUGAGGUAAAGUGUCAAUUGGUUGAAUUCCUUAAAGCUAACCUAGAUGUGUUUGCAUGGAACCAUGAAGAUAUGGUAGGCAUAGCCCCGGAUGUCAUAUCGCACAGGCUGAACGUGGACCCCAGUUACAAAUCAGUGCAGCAGAAGAGGAGGCCAAUGACUCUAGAGCGUUAUGCCGCCCUUAAAGAGGAGAUGGAUAAGCUCCUGGACAAUGGAUUCAUCAGAGAAGCCCAGUACCCAGUCUGGGUAGCCAAUCCAGUCCUGGUGAAGAAAAAGAACGGAAAAUGGAGGACCUGCAUCGACUUCACCGACCUGAAUAAGGCUUGCCCAAAAGACAGCUUUCCCCUUCCCAGGAUUGACCAACUCGUGGAUGCAACAACAGGGCACCAGCUCCUCAGUUUCAUGGAUGCCUACUCGGAAUACAACCAGAUCCCCAUGAAUCCUAGCGAAGAGGAGCACACGUCGUUUAUCACCGAUCUUGGGCUGUACUGCUACAAGGUUAUGCCGUUCGGACUGAAGAAUGCUGGGGCCACCUACCAGAGGCUCGUGAAUACGAUGUUCAAAGCGCAGAUUGGGAGAACAAUGGAAGUAUAUGUCGACGAUACGCUGGUUAAAUCUGAGCAGGUCGCAGAUCAUGUUCGCGAUUUAGGAGAAAUGUUCAACAUCCUCAGGAGCUACCGCAUGAAACUAAAUCCACUGAAGUGCGCUUUUGGAGUGGCUUCCGGAAAAUUCUUGGGAUUCAUGGUCAACAACAGAGGCAUCGAGGCCAACCCGAAAAAAAUAAAAGCCUUGCUAGAUAUGAGAUCUCCCACAAAGAAGAAGGAUGUGCAGAGCCUUACCGGUCAGGUCGCUGCCCUGAACCGGUUUAUCUCCAAGGCGACUGACAAGUGUAUUCCUUUCUUCAAUAUGUUAAGGAAGGCCCAAGGCUUCAAUUGGAGUGAAGAAUGCGAGCUCGCCUUCCAGCAGUUGAAGGCGUACAUGGGGUACGCGCCGUUACUUUCAAAACCUAAGGAUGGGGAAAGAUUGGUCGUCUACCUGGGAGUGUCAGAGCACGCCCUUAGCGCAGCAUUGGUUCGGGAGGAAGAAGGGGUGCAAUACCCCGUCUUCUACGUCAGCAAGAGGUUGGUAGACGCGGAAACAAGGUACACACCGAUGGAGAAGCUCGCUUACUGCCUAGUCGCAGCAUCGAGGAAGCUGCGCCCAUACUUCCAGGCCCAUCAGAUCGAUGUUCUGACCAAGUACCCCCUGAAGCAGAUUUUGCAGAAACCAGACACUUCAGGUCGCCUGCUGAAAUGGGCGAUCGAGCUCGCUCAGUUCGACUUGGAAUACAAACCAAGGACGGCUAUAAAAGGACAAGCACUCGCGGAUUUCAUUGCUGAAUUCACUGGACCAGCCCAAGUGGGAGAAGAAGCCUCAGAAGGACCGUCCUGGGAGCUAUAUGUUGACGGAUCGUCAAACGAUCAAGGAACUGGGGCAGGAGUUUUGUUAAUCAGCCCGGAGGGCCACAGGAUCCUCUGUGCCCUGCGAUUCGGUUUCCCAGCUACCAACAAUGAGGCCAAGUACGAAGCAUUGCUCGCAGGGCUACGCCUGGCAAAGGAGGUACGAGCUGAAGCAGUUGUAAUCUUCAGCGACUCCCAACUGGUCGUUAAUCAAAUACGGGGGGAAUAUCAAGUGAAAGGAACAAAGAUGGCGGCGUACCUGCUCAAAGUACGCGAGCUCCUGGCCCUUCUCCCAAAAUUCAAGGUACGCCAGAUUCCCCGUUCUCAAAAUUCCCAUGCGGACACACUAGCUUGGCUGGCAACUGCGCGAGAUACAGAGUUCUUGGGGGCUAUACCGGUGGAAUUUCUAGCUGCCCCUAGCAUAGAACAAUCGGCUGAGACGAUGGUGAUUGACACGCCCCAGGGUUCAUGGAUGAGUCCUAUUCUGGAGUAUCUGCGGGGCGAAAAGCUGCUAGUGGACAAACUCGAAGCGCGCAGACUGCAAGCUCGAGCUGUCCGCUACUGUAUCUACGAUGAGGUGUUGUAUAAGCGAGGAUUCAUAGCUCCACUGUUAAGGUGUAUCGAGGGCCCUGAUUGUCGGACCGUGCUGGAAGAAAUACAUGCUGGACAUUGCGGCAACCACGCUGGGGCUCUGUCGCUAGCUCAGAAAGCACUUCGGCAGGGAUUCUAUUGGCCCACGAUGAAACAGGAUGCGAUAGAGCUGGUGAAGAAGUGUGAAAAGUGCCAACGGUUUGGGGUCCCACAGCAGAUAAUUACGGACAACGGGACUCAAUUCACCAGCGAGCAGUUCAUUCGGUUUUGCGAGUCACUAAGCAUUCAGAAGAGCUUCACGGCCGUAGACCAUCCCCAAGCGAACGGGCAAGCAGAGGCAGUUAACAAGAUCAUUAAACACGCUUUUUCGUGUAGACGACAGCUCGCACCAGUGCUCUGGGCAUAUCGGACGACAGCUCGCACCAGCACAGGGGAAACUCCUUUUUCGUUGGCCUACGGAUCCGAAGCUAUGAUCCUAGCAGAAUACGAGGUGACAAACCAGCGAAGAGCCACCUUCAACCCAGAAGGGAAUCACGAACUGCUAGUUGUAAAUUUAGACCUACUGGAGGAAGCAAGAGACAUAGCUCGUUUCAAGAUCGUUGUAUACCAACAAAGGGUGACGCGUCACUAUAACAGAAAAGUCUAG